CAUUAGGUUUUUCGUAAAAAAAUGCCAGGACCGACAAAGAAGGCUACCAAAAAACUCACACCCAGGAAGAAGCCAAAUUCUUUUUCCGGAGAUGUUACCAUCAGUGACUUCGCAGAUUCAACGGGUGUUCAUAAUAGAUUGAAAAAGGCUGCUGCAAAAAACGACGCAGGAUCACAAUCCGCAGUUGUAGAUGAACAAAUGAAGAAGAAUCCGCGAUCGAGGAGAAAAAGCAAAGCUGUUGAAGCUCCAGAAGAUAAUGCCAAUGGUGUUGAAUAUCCAGAGGACGUAUGGUUUUUAAUAUCAGAACACAUCGCACCUGAAGCAGUGGGAAAAUUCGCGAGGAUUUGCAAAUGUUCAAAUUAUGUUGUUCAAACCGCUAAAUUUUGGUUUCAUCUUUACAAAAGAUUUUAUAAAAAUACUGGAAGCUUACCUGAGAGGUUGACCCCAGCGUGCAUGGUACGCCCCUAUGGAUUGCGGGCUUGUGUAAUUAGGACGCUGCAUUUUACUUAUUUCUCUUCAAUUGGACGUAACACUUAUUCUGGACAAGAGGAGCCUCAUUCGUUGGUCAAGAGACAGUGCAGUCUCAUGUGGAAUAAAAAAGGAGAGACUCGUUGGUAUUUUUAUUUCAAACUGAAGGAAAUAAAUAAUUCUCGCGUGACAAAACCAAAAAUCCAUUGGGCUGAUGACCAGAGAUCAGACAUCACGGAAAUGCUUGAGGAUGUCUCAGUGAAUUCAGAGAAAGGAUGUCGAAUUUUACGAGUAACUUGUUUGAAAUAUAGCUUGGUGCCUUUGGUCAUUGGCCUUGUCCUCCAAACAGUCAAGCUUGAUUUAUCCCCUAGUUUCGACCACCAUCGACUUCAAUUGAGCUUCGGCACGAGUUUCAUACCAAAAAUACCGACCCAAGUUGUCAUCCUCAGUGGAGUUGUCGACUGCAAGGUUUUGGACUGGUGGCACCCAUGUUAUCCCCAUCAGGACACUGAUUGCACACUUUUGCAACCCAUAGCCGAAUCCUGGGAUACACUCAAUUUUUUUGACUCACCUCUGCAAGUGCAUGAGUCAAUCUGAUUGUUUUUUCCAACAAGCGUAUUAUUCAGUACAAUCCCAGACAUCAUAGGUUAUGAUUUUGUAAAAGUUAUCAUGAAUAUUUAAAACAAAUUAUCAAAUAAGAUAAAUUCCAUUUAUUUUUCAUAAUUCAAUUUAUUAAAUGUUUUUAAGAAGCCUGGAGAGUAAAUGAAACAGAAUGAAAUUUCCCACUUAUUUUCCUCCAUUUUCAUGUUCCCCAUUUUCGCGUGCCCUGUCUUAUUCACGGGUACGUCCUCUCAUGUAGUUUCGUAGCCGCCGCUAGUUGAACUUUUGCCAUAAGCGCUGUUGAUCUCCCCUAUAGUCUCUGCUGGCAUUUCCUUUUCUUUUCGACACUGAAUCGGGAACUGUGCGGUACUGCAUAAUUUUCAUCCGAUUACAUCAGUCCCGUGGAUCAACAAAUUUUUUAGUCAGCAUUAAAAA